ACAUUCAAGGUCGAAGCGCUGAACGGCGGUUCAGUUUAUCCUUAGAUGUUCCUUAUGAUAUCUGACAGUGGGUAAGCAUCCUGUUUAUCUGAUUUGGGCUACCACACUCACCUGCUUCAUAGUUUUUGAUCUUUUCAAGUUUCGCUUUCUCUAACUGAUGGAAGAAGACUUGCAACGUAAAGCCAUCAAGCAACGUUUGAAGCAGUUUUAUGGAAGUGAUACAAACGGCUCAUUGGUUGAUCAAAAUGAUCCGUUAAAUAUCGACAGCCCAUCCUUUGAUCCGCAUCUAUACUUGGAUAAAAGUCUUAAGACUAAAGACCUUUCUGAUCUAAUAUCAGAAGAAAAGGCUCUAACCGAUCAAAUUCGCAGUCUAGAUUCCGACAUGCAAACAUUAGUAUAUGACAACUACAGCAAAUUCAUCAACGCGACCGACACCAUUAGAAUGAUGAAAUCUGAUUUUAGUUACGUUCAAGAAGAGAUGAAUUCAUUACUUCAAAAUAUUGCCUCCAUUGUUUCAGUUUCCGGUACAAUUAACGAAAAUUUGGCUGACAAAAGAAAAAAAUUGACCACACUGACAACAACCCAGUUAACUCUAAACAAACUAAAUUACUUGGUCGAACUGCCAGUCAGCUUGAGGAAGUAUAUGAAUAAAUGUGACUGGGAUCAAACUAUACUUGAUCUUAAUAAAGCGAAGUACAUUCUUAAGAGCUAUUACAAUACUCCAUCUUUUAAAAACAUCCGAGAUGACUGCGCUGAAAUAGUUUCGGAAAUCUCGUCAAAACUGUGGCGUCAAUUUGACGAAUCUAGCGAUGUGGCUGAAUGUUCUAAUAAUCUAAGAAUCCUGCAGCAGCUUGGCUUCUCGAGACGAAGAUUGUCAAGAGGGAUAUUACGUUUGGCUAAACGUCAGGUAUCACAACGUUUAGCUUACAUUAAAACUUUGGUAUGUGAAGGGGACAAACCAAAUGCUCGCAAGAAUGAAACCACUGGUUCCGUCGAAAAUAUUGAGAAUCCAUUUCUCAAAGAGCCUCCUCCUGAAGAAAUGGACGUAUUAUACUUUGCCAAUCUCAUAACGGAUUCUGUCCUUACCAAGCUUUCCGAAUUCGUUGGACUACUGGCUGAUUUUUAUUUCACAAAGUCAAAUGAAAGUGAACCUAUGGAUACUAUUUUGGAUAUUAUUUCCGGUAAAAUAGAAAAUAGUGCCUCGGAAAUCGAUGAUGGUUGUGUCGAGGAACAUUUAUCAAGUGUAGUUGAAGAACUGAUGCAUGAAUUUUUUAUUUUGGUUCGAACUCGUUUUGAAUUGGAGAGCACAAAUAAUGAUAUCAAUUUAUUGAUAAGAGCUUUGGAUCGUAUCCACUGUCGAGUACAAACCUUCAAUCGAUCACUAUUAACAUCGGUUACUUCUGUGGAUGCUGAAGGUGUAGUAGUGGAUGAUUUGAGUCCUGGAUCUCUAUCUGUGGUUAAUCGAUUAUCUUUACUUACUGAUGAGUUUUCGAACUCGGCGCUGGAAAUAAUUAUUCAAGUUGCUCGAAUGCAAACUACGUAUUACUUUGAUAUAUUGUGUCAAAAUGCAGUCGAAUCGUUUACAGAUCUCCGACAUAAACUAGCUAGUCACGGAUUACAAACAUCCCAUUUAAUUAGCGAAGAGGUUAAAAAAAUGAAAAAGACGGAAAAUGACAGUCAUCAGCUAUCGUCUCUUUUAGAUGCUCUCAGUUCCUCACUUGUUUCACAGUUGCGCAAUGUACUAAAGGCAGAGGAGGCUUUUCUUAAUACUAAAAGUACAUUUUCCAACAGACCACAGUUUCGUAAUUCAUUUUGUAUUGAUCAAAUUAGAGAAGGACUUAUCGUUGGUUACUUGAAUUUUCUUGUUCAAUUUCUUAAUGAUCUAGCUAAGACAGAUGCAUGCAAAAUUCCAGGACCUAUUUUACUUACACUUGGGAAACUAUGUUUAAUAUGGGCCGAUUCUGGUACAGUUGGACAUUUGAUUUCGCUAGCCGACGAUUUUAUGCUUAUCGGUUCACAAACAAAAGAAUCUAAAAAGGAUGAUUUUGAAACGGACAAUGGUAGUAGAUUACUCACUACUGCGAAAGAUGUAUCAAAUCGUUUCAGACGUACUGGUAAUGAACUUCUAAUUGCUUUUGUCCGCUUAGAAGGGACAAAUUUGGCACAACUUCUCCGGAAAAGUGUUGAAGCAAGAGAUUGGCUGAAAAACUUAGAACCACGUACAGUUCGUUCUGCAGUUAAAAGAGUGAUAGAAGAUUUGGUGUUACUAGAUCAACAAGUUAGCCAGCUGUUUUCAUCCAAUACUCGUAAUCGCGAUCGUAUUUCUGAUUCACGUUCAAGUCGUAGUCUACGACCUAGCACUUCGUCACAUUUUAUAGACGCUACACGAACUGGAAGUUCAAGUCAAGGAAUUCAUGCUGAUUUAGAUCCAACUCUAGCUACUCAUUUACGUCGUCUGUUUACACAAAGAGUUGAUAUUUUUGCUGCAGUUGAUGCUAAUCGGGAAUCAUUACUCUUGGGUGUCAUUAAAAUAGGUUUGAAGACUUUGAUAGAGUGUUCACGCUUACAAACCUUUGGUCGUUACGGUUUACAACAAAUACAAGUUGAUUGCCGAUACUUACAAAUUCAUUUAUGGCACUUUGUCAAUGAUGAAAAGCUUAUUUGUAUGUUAUUAGAGGAUGUGAUCUACAGUGUUGUUCAACGUUGCAUAGAUCCAUGUUUCAUGGAAGAGAGUGUUGUUGAAGCGAUAUGUGAUCGAGCAUAAAGUUGCUUAAUUAUUUCCAAAUUCUUAAUGGUGACUGAUUCAUUUCUUGGAUUCUGUGUGUGACUUCAUUUUUGUGAUAUUUUUUAUUACUUAUUAUAGGAUGUCAUUCUUUAUUAUUAUUAUUAUUAUUAUUAUUAUUAAAAAUGAUCGUCUUUUACUUGUGUAAGAAAAUUUUUAACUGUAAAAUUGCCACUUUUAAUUAUUUUCACAUAUCAAAAUGUUACAAAUUCCCUUUGUGUUGUUUUGCUUGUUAUUUUUCUACUGAAAAUCGUUUGUCGCUGUUUUUCCAAUACAUGUAUGUGGCGUUUUUCAUUUUAAAAACUUUAAUUACCUACUUAAUUUUCUGGUGUUAUUUUGGAUUUUUGUACAUGUUUAAUAAUUUGCUUUUGUUCUAAAAAUAAAUUUUUCUGGUUCCA